AUGGAGCAAGGCGGACAGCGUGAGGCCGUGCAGGUCCAGCACCCCUCUGUGUUCGCAUUCGGCCUGCCCGUCUCCAGGGCAGCACGCAGAACGCCGGAAGGAGCGCAGGGCGCUGAUUGGCUGAGCAUUUCGGUUCCCAUUGGCUGGGGCCUGGAAGUGAAGCCGCUAGGCACCUCCCUCAACUCCAACGGCCUCGCGCCCAGCAGUUCAGGUGGACGUGACGACAUCAUCCGGUUUCCUGAAAAUGAGAAGGUUGGACUAGAUGAUCUCAAAGAUCCCCCAGCUCUAGGAUUCUUAAAUUACAGAACUGGUAUUUCGCCGGGGACUUCUCCAGGCCCCGCGCGGGUAAAGGCGCAGGAGCGGGUCACCUGCCGGCGAGGUAGGAGGGGCGCGGCUCUGGGCCGCUGGGCCGCGCUCCGCCCGGCGGGCGUCCUGGAGGUGGCGGUGCGGGCCGGCAGGCGGGGCCGGGGGAAGGGGAGGGCUCGGCGAGCGUCGGGCGGUGACGGCAGCGCGGAGGGGAGGUGCGAAGCGCCCGCCCGCCGAGAGCCAUGGCGAGAGGCCGCGCCGCGGCGCCCGCGUCCGUGCCCCGGUCCACAGCAGCGCCCCCGCCCGCCGCCCCGGGGCCCACCCGGCCGCCGCCCCCGCUCACCCAGAGCCCCUGACGGCCGCGCGCUACGAGCGAGACGCCGCCGGGGAGCGGCCGCGCGCGGGAGGGCGGCGCGGGAGGGAGCGCUGGGGUGCCCGAGCGCCCCGACGAACCCCGCGUCCGGAACCUCGGACCCCGAGCCCGGGAGCGCAGAGUCGGCGGGCGGGCAGCAGAAGGAGGAGGAGGCGCCCCAGGCGAGCCAGUCGCGUGCGCCCCGGUGCCGCCCGGCCGGCUGCUGCGGAGGGAACCGGAGCCGCCGGGCGGCCGGGACUCGGCCGAGGACAACGAAGAGGAGGCGGCCAGGAGAGCCGAGCGCCCGGGUAGCCCCGCGCCGGAGGCCGCCGGGAUCGCGCCUGCUACGGGGCCGCGCUUCGUGCGCCUCUCGAGGAUUCCCCGUGAGGAGCCGCUGCUGGUGUGCCAGACCUCCUGGGGGCCGUCUGCCCGACUGCCCCUGACUCCGGCAGCGGGGUCCCCGAUGGCAGUGGGCGCCUCCCCGUGAAACCUGCCAAGCUGGAC